AUGAUUGAAGCACACCCAAGGUCGAGAAGAAGUCCCGGGGAAAAAACGUCGUUUCGCCCGUGUUUCGAAGAGUGGAACGGUGUUUGGACAACACCUAUGUUUCGUAUUUCGGCUCUCUCCAUUAGGUUAAUUGGGUUCGCCUUUCCAUCUCAGCAGCUUGAACCGGAAGCAGAGGUGACCUUUGAUGCGCAUCUGGCGAAUUGGCUAGUCACCUCAUUUCGCACACGUCUCGCGCGAAACCGCGAAACACGCAGUCUGCCUUUAGUCAAGGGAACUGCUACACGGGACAAAUCUGGCGCGAUCAUCUUGCUAGCCACACGUUCUGCUUUUUGGCCGAGCACGGCUCACGUCUUCGUUGCAGCGCAGCGAGUCGCAAAAGCUUUCGUCAGUGUAUGUCGUUCUGAUUCGUGGACUUCUUUUGCUGCCUCUGUCUUUUCGGUCUCGUCGCGUGACUGCCUAGAGCGUUUUUACCUCCUGUUAACCGCAACGAAAAACGAGUCGCGUUUCUCCAAAGAAGCAGCGAUUUUUUUUUUCGACGCCCAAAAACAACUUGGAGCUUUCCGCCCGUGUCUCUCACAAGACUUUCUGAUGUCCGUCGAAGUGCAUAAUUUCGGUAUUUCCGAUCCUUUCGCCAACGACACUUCCCAGUUUAGUGUUGGCGGCUCGAGUACACAUUUGAUCCAUAUUCGGAAUCAGCAGAGAAACGGUCGAAAGAGCGUUACUACGGUUCAAGGUCUGGACAAGGCAUUGGAUUUGAAAAAGAUGGUUCGUGCAUUGAAAAAGGAACUCAACUGCAACGGGACGGUGAUCGAAGACGCCGAUUACGGUAGCGUCAUCCAGCUGCAGGGCGACCAGCGCCAUGCUGUGAAGGAGUUUCUUGAGCGCGAAGCCAUCUGUUUGGGGGAACAAAUCCGAAUCCAUGGGGCGUAAAAGCGCGCGUCUAUGUGUUCAUCGCCGCAUGACGUUCACCGGCGUCGCAUUUCUUCAAAACAGAAUCGAGUGCGAUCUGGAGCAGUCUGCCUAGGGACGACGGCGAGUCACUUCUAGGGCAGCCGUUGAUACUCGUGUGUGCAUUCCUUCUGUGCUGGAUCUAUAUGCGGACUUGUGCCGAAUGAAUAUAGAUGGGUAGACGAACGGUCCGAUGGCCAUAAUGCAGCCUCUGAACGUGUCAAAAAGUGAAUAUGUAGCGUAGCGACCACAGGUAGGUGCUCGCGCUUGUGAGGGAGGCUGUGCAGCACCGCGCCGCGCAAGAGGGUUUCCCCGUUACUAUGCGGUGUUGCAUGGAGGAGAACUUCAGCGGAUCGCAUAACUUCCCAAGAGGUUGUGAUUCAAGUUGCGAAACCACCCGUUUGCAUGUGCACACGUCAACGAGUACAGGUGUAAAUUGGUCGCUCAAGUUGUUUAUCUUCUCUUUUUUCGAGACGUCUAUGCGAACGCACAAAUACGGUGUUGUGCACCACGCGACUCUACACCGCAGAGCUAAGCUUUUUUGGGACAGAUCUGUAAUGCGUUAGUGCACGUAAAAAGCGAUUCUAGGGGAACUGCAUUUACGCAUUUUUUGAGAGAAACGGUCGACUGUCCUUUACCCGUGGGUCUUAGAGACAUUUUGGAGAAGGCCGACCUGCAAGAGCGCAGUUUGUGUGGAUGCGUGACCGUACCUAUCUUUUACCUUUCUUUCCGAACCAAGAGGCCGUGCUGGCGAUGUGUUUAUAAGCGUGUUUGAUGAAAACGAGCCCGCUGUACUUCACGUCGAAGGAAACAAAAGCCGCUUUACCGCUCGAGUAUUAACGCGGUAAAGGUCGCUGAAGCUUUCGUCACCCAGCGAGUUACACCGGACACCAGGUAUACUAUCCAGUGUUCUUCAUUUGGACAGUAUCCGCGCUUCCACAUCUGAAGAGUUUCUGACUCAGCAGUGAUUUCACGCAGAUUGCUAGUGUUCUGCCACACCACGGCUACGUCAAACCCCGCUGUUUUUUCUCUAUAAGACGCAUGCGCUUUUUGCAAAGCCAAGCAGGUUCCGGGCUUGAGGGCAAGUACAGAACGUUUGAGCGGCAGUGGUCUCUCAAUUAACAACGCAGUAUCAAUGAUAAAGAAGAGAGUGUAGUGGUCAGGUGGUGCAGCUGCGGUCAUACUUUCAGAUUCAAGUUCGUUUCCUCUAGCGAAACAGUGGAAUUCCUGAAGGACGACCUCGGUCGCUCUAGGUAGAAGUAAUGCGCUCCCUGUUUCUCAGUUCGAAAUAGAGCAUCCAGAGUGCAUGCAGAGCUUUAUUUAGCUCAUUGGGACGAGUCGGAACGUCCAGAAGUGCGCAUCCCAGCUUCAAUAAUUGCGCGAGAGACAUAUGUGUUUCCUCGAGUGCGAGACGCGACGGAUGUGGUAGAAAGAGCGACGCCAACUCAUCUGGCCAUUCUCUCACCAACUGCCUGCUCACACAAGAAGUCCGCAGAAACAGGAGUAAGAACACAUAUUCGCAGGCAUUUCAUUCAGGUGCCGACUUUUAUGUGCGUACCGGCGCAUGUUCACACAGAUGGAUAUGUUGGUGGUGCCCUCCGCUUGGUUGCAUUCGUUUGUUGAAAAGUGAAACACACGAAGCUUACUCAAAGUCAGGAGCGUGUUCAUCGGAUGCCCACGGGCUUUCGGUGUUGGGAUAUUGAUCCCGUAACCUUUGAACGGUCCGAAUCCACCUGUCAAUUUGAAUGCGUCUGCUUUCUCCCUCGUCUUCAAUGCACCCCACUUCCAUAUCUUGAAGACCAGCGGAAUUCCUUAGUGGCCGCAAGGCUCCGAAUUCCAGUCGCAGCGCCGCCGGAUCGCUUUGCUGAAGCGCCGGCUCAUCCAGUUCCUCCGUUCCUGUCCGGACAUCAAAGUUCAUGUGACGCAAAAGGCUGUUUAUUACGAAGAAAAUAGUUCUGCAUCUUUUCAAAUCGGGUUCCGAUAGUUUCCUCGUACCCCCCUCCACGUGAUACAGUGUGAAGGUACCAAACCGAAAUCGUUCUGUAUCGAAACGUCUCUGAUCAAAAAAGCACAUGAGCAAUCUCGAUUUCGUUGCCCUUUGGUGCUCGAUACUUCCGGGUGAGUCUUCCACAGGUACAGCUAGGCACACACACGUGCUCGCCUGUCACCGAUACGUCGGUCUCCUGGGUACCAGUGGUCUCGCUAUUUAAUCGAUUUGAGUUUUACAUUUGUG